UAACCAAGAUUAUAUAAUCUAAUAUAUAAUCUAUAUUAUAUAAUGUAUAAGCUGAAACUAACUAUAUCAUAAAUCAUGUUAUCUAAGCAUAACCGAUACCUCACUAUUACCUGUGUCUAAUCUGUUGCGAUUAAAAAACGGAAUCACUAUCAUCUUCAGGAUCGGAUCGGGACGCCGUUACUCCUUGACUCUAUCGUUCUGCCUACCCCAACAGGCCAACACUCACUCGAGUACUCGACACCGCCCCUCUGAUAUGGCUCAGGCACGCGUGCGCCUUACUCCGGCCGGCCGCACGCCGGCCGCCACGUUCCUCUCGGGCUCCAACCCCAGACCCGCCCACCUCACCUUCUUCCCGAAGCUUACCCCUACCUCCCUCUCCGCCGCCGCAGCUGCCAAUGCGCCGCCGCCCCACAUCGUCGUCGUGGGCUCCGCCAACGCCGACAUCUACGUCGAGGUCGACCGUCUCCCGCUCAUCGGCGAGACCGUGGCGGCCCGCGCGGGACGCAGCCUCGCGGGCGGCAAGGGCGCCAACCAGGCCGCCUGCGGUGGCCGCCUCGCGCUGGGCCCUACCUACCUCGUGGCGCGCGUGGGGGAUGACGCCAACGGCCGACUCCUCGAGGGUGCCCUAGCCGACGCUGGUGGUGUCCGCACCGACCGCGUCGCCCGCGCGGCCGAUGCGCCAUCGGGACACGCCGUCGUCAUGCUCAUGCCCGACGGGCAGAACUCCAUUAUCAUCGUGGGCGGGGCGAACAUGGAGGGCUGGGCGGCGGGGAUCGGUUCGGAGGACCUGGAAUUGAUCCGAAAGGCAGGCGUGCUGCUGCUGCAGAGGGAGAUACCCGAUUGGGUCAACGCGCAGGCUGCCCAGGCUGCAAAAAGUGCAGGAGUGCCUGUUAUCAUGGAUGCUGGUGGAAUGGAUACUCCUUUACCUCGAGAACUACUCAGUCUAGUGGAUAUUUUCAGUCCAAAUGAAACAGAGCUAGCGCGUCUGACUGGGAUGCCUACUGAGACGUUUGAACAGAUCAGCAUGGCUGCAGGAAAAUGCCAUAAAAUGGGUGUGCAAGAAGUACUAGUUAAACUUGGAUCACAAGGAUCUGCUUUGUUCGUCGAGGGAGAGGAGCCAAUCAGGCAGCCGAUAGUUCCCGCCACAGAAGUCAUUGACACCACGGGGGCUGGUGACACAUUCACCUCAGCGUUCGCUGUAGCCCUGGUCGAGGGGAAGCCUAAGAGGGAGUGCAUGAGAUUUGCUGCUGCUGCCGCCUCUCUGUGUGUUCGAGUAAAGGGGGCUAUACCCAGCAUGCCUGACAGAAAAUCGGUGAUGAAGCUUCUGGAAUCUGUGGGAGUCGAAUAGCCGCAAAAAUGGCGUUGGUCGUGCGAAUUUACAGAGCCUCGUUUUGGCGGCGAUAGAGUGAGCACCUUGGGUGUCUCCGGUACGCGGAAUUCGUGGGAUCCAUCGACUGCCGCGACGCCUUCACGUGCUCCCCGAAUAAUGCGACGGUCUCCAUCCUCGCCGAUCCCGGAUGAAACAAACGCAUUUUCCGGUGCCGCCCGGAUGGAACCCCCGGCCCCCACACAAAAUAAGAAACGGCAUCUUGUGCGUUUAUUAUGGCCACACGUCGCCCGUUGUAGACGCACUCCCUCCCCCGGUUCCGUGAACGCAAUAAACAGUUUCACACUGGGCCGGAGCUAUCGCACGGUAACUCAGGCCUUGCCCUUGUGCAAGCCAAUGUGUUUAUCUGAA